AUGAUAAUGGAACAUCUCACGCAGCAGUCGCAGACUCAGCUUCCUAAUACUUCCAUACAAACCCAAUCGGCGGCAUCUCCUACAACUACAAACUCUACAUCUUCCAAUAUUCAAAGUAAUGGCAUGCGUUUUUCUAUCGAAGAUCUCCUCAAAACGCAUUCAGAAUUACUCCAACAAUCACGUAAAGAGAGUGAGUUGUCAAGCCGAUGUAGCAAUCUUUUACCCGUAGAUCUAACACUACCGUCUCAUGAUCAACUUCCUUUAUGGUUUGGAUGUACACCAUUGCCCAUUGACUCCAGUCUUCUCUUAGCUCAGAGGAAUGUUUUCCCUCAAUUAUGGGCCGCCGCUGCGACAUCCGAUGCUCUACGCCUAGCAGCCACCAGCAAAUCCUAUAGAAGACGAAAAGCACGAACUGUUUUCUCGGAUCUCCAGUUGCAAGGAUUAGAAAGGCGUUUCGAAACCCAAAGAUAUUUGAGCACUCCUGAACGUAUAGAGCUGGCUAACGUUCUUAAUUUGAGCGAAACACAGGUGAAAACCUGGUUUCAAAAUAGACGUAUGAAGCAUAAAAAAGUAAUCCGUCGAGAAAACACAAAUACCGUAGAUGUAGAAGAUGAAGAAGAAGAAUGCGAAGAUUGGGCGGAAGCUUCAUCGUCUUGA